UUCUUUAUGUUUUUCAGAAAUUAGAGAUAAAAAGUUUAAUAAAGCUAAACUUCUUCAAGAAUUCACAAGAUGACUACCACUGCCCUGUGUUAUUCAAACCGUUUACAAAGAACUCUCAUAUUGUCGCCGUUAGUACUAGUGGUAAUGUGUAUUGUUAUGAAGCAAUUGAACAACUCAAUAUCAAAGGAAAAAACUGGAAAGACCUCAUCAAUGAUACACCAUUCACAAGAGCUGAUAUCAUCACUAUACAGGAUCCUAAUAACUUGAAAAAAUUUAAUAUAUCUACGUUUCAUCAUGUAAAAAAUAAUUUGAAAGUUGAGACAGAAGAGGAAAUAGCUAUGAGGAAGGACCCACAUGCUAGGCUAAAGACAGUAUCAGCUGAAACAAAAGACAUUUUACAAGAGCUUGAAAGAGAAUAUAAAGCUCCUGAAGCAAAAGAAGUUAAGAAAGAGGUAGCAGAUAAAUUCAAUGCAGCGCAUUAUUCUACUGGAAUGGUAGCAGCCAGUUUUACGUCGACUGCCAUGGUGCCAGAAACUAUACAUGAGGCUGCUAUUAUAGGUGAUGAUGAAGUCAAAUAUGAGAGGGUUAAAAAAAAAGGAUAUGUGAGACUAGUAACCAAUAUUGGACAGUUAAAUUUUGAAUUAUAUUGUGAUGUGACACCCAAAGCUUGUGACAAUUUCAUCAAACAUUGUAUCAGUGGAUACUACAAUGGUACCAAGUUUCACAGGUCGAUAAGAAACUUCAUGAUUCAAGGUGGCGAUCCCACAGGGACUGGAUUAGGUGGAGAAUCAAUAUGGAAAAAACCAUUUGAAGAUGAGAUAAGGCCAAAUUUACAUCACACUGGUCGUGGUGUACUGUCUAUGGCUAAUUCUGGACCUAACACUAAUGGAUCACAGUUUUUCAUCACAUUUCGCUCGUGUAAACAAUUAGAUGGCAAACAUACAAUAUUUGGAAAAUUAGUCGGUGGCCUCGAUACUUUAAGUGCAAUGGAGCAGAUUGAAGUAGAUAAUAAAGACAGACCCAUACACGAUAUUGUCAUAGAGGUAGCCCAGGUGUUCGUUGAUCCAUUUGCUGAAGCUGAGGAACAACUUGCACUGGAAAGAGCGGAAGAAUUAAAGAAACAGGCAGUAGAACAGGAAGUCGGGGUGAAACCUAAGAAAGCGACAGCACAACCGCUAAAAGUAUUUAGAGAUGGAGUUGGGAAAUAUCUUAAUUUACAAGAAGUAGCGUCGACAAGCAAACAGACAGGGACUCCACAAGUACCAGCAAAAAAACCCAAAAAGGAUUCAAAAUAUAACUUUGGAUCAUUUGAUUCGUGGUAGUUAAGAUGCAAAUGUUCAAAUAAAUAAAUAAAUAAUAAAAUUAAUUUUAACAUUUCA